AUGAAGGUCACCGUCAGGACCGUGACGGGCAGGACCUUCCAGCUGGAUUUUGCUCCCGAGACACAGAUCCUGAAAGACGACGCCACGCUGACGGGGAGCAAUGUCUCCGAGUCUGGCUUCAUCGUGGUCAUGGUCAUCAAGGAGGCCGCCUCCCAGCUUGCCAGGGGCUCGGAGCUGGAGGCCAAGGUGGCCGCCAUCGUGGACAUGGGCUUCCCGCGCGAGGAGGUGCAACGUGCCAUGCGCGCCGCCUUCAACAACCCCGAGCGCGCCGUGGAGUACCUCAUGUCCGGCAUCCCUGCCGGCCUGGGGUUCCAGAUGCUGAAGGCCAUGGUGCAGCAGAACCCCGCCCUCCUCCAGCCCAUGCUACAGGAGCUGGGCCGGAACAACCCGGCGCUGCUGGAGCAGAUCAACGCCAACCAGGCCGCCUUCCUCGCCAUGAUCAACGAGCCCAGCGCGGCGGGGGGCGCGGACCUGGAGACCCUGGUGCAGCAGCUGGCGGGCGAGUACGAGGGCGGCGAGGGCGGCGGCGAGGCCAUGGACGAGGGGGAUGUGCCCCCUGGGGCCAACGUGGUGGAGGUCCACCUCUCGCCGGAGGAGGUGGAGGCCGUCGAGCGGCUCGUGGGCCUCGGCUUCGACCGCCAGGUGUGUUUGGAGGCGUUCCUCAUCUGCGACAAGAACGAGACCCUGGCUGCAAACUACCUGCUGGAGAACGGGCAAGACGCAUAG